CGCCGGUCACUUUCCAGUAAACUUACCCCCACACCCUCUCUUCUUUAUUCUCUCUCCAUCUCUCUCUAAUCUCUCUCCCUCUCUCUCUCUCUGGAUAUCUCUAUCAGAAGUUUUUUGCACAUUGCCCUACAACUUACAGCUAUCUCAGCAAUUCUCCUUAUCUGUGAGAUCUUCUUAUUGCUCCAAGGUUCCAUUUUUUUUCUAUUUCUUGUAGAAAAUAUAAAUACCAUUUUUUUAUUUAUUAAUUUUGUUGAAUUUUAUAUUAGACUAGAUUGUGAUAAGUUGUUUGAUUCUUAAGUUAGAGUUGCAUCUUGUGGUUGUAUUGACUUGAUUAUGUUGGCUCAGAUAGCUUAGUUCAGUGGGAAUUGUUAAAGCUGAUCUGGGUUUUUGAGGAGGGAUUAUGUUCUUUGAUUAGAUUCUUGUUGGAUGUGUUUUAUUAUAUUUAGUUGAUUUUGUAGCUAGGGUUUGAAAUGUUGCAUAGUUUUGAGCUGUUUGAUCUUUGAAUGGAAUUAGGGUUGAAAAGGUUGUUACCCUCUUUGUGAUUAUUGAGGCCAAGAGGUGAUGAGGCCUGAGGGCAAGGACCCUGAUGAUUUUGUAUUUAUUUGGUUUUGGGAUUAUAGACAAUUGAGGUUUGAUUGAGUUUUGAUUAGUCAGGUUUGGUUUAUUGUGCAACUCAUACAAAAGGCUACUUUUUAUAAGCAAUAUGGCAACAGCAGCAGGUUCCGAUUUUUCGCCUUCAUUCAGGGUGUUAGAGGGUAGUGUAGAUAAAGAUCAGGUUUCUAUCAGUAAAGAUGAAGUUUCUGUGAAAUCAGCUGAUUCGGAGCAGAUUCCUAGUGAAAGACCUUCGAGACAUCUUUCUGUUGUGCAACAUAGUAUAAGUUCUCUUAAAGAUACAAGUGCUGCUGAUUUGGAAUCUGAUUCCAGGGUUGUUGGCGUUAAGUCUCCUGCAGAUGGAAAUUCUAACUUCUCACUGGUAUUUCGGUCAGGAAGCUGCGCUGAGAAAGGUGCGAAGCAACACAUGGAGGAUGAACACAUAUGUAUAGACGAUCUUGUUCAAGAGUUGGGUGCGGGUGCAAGUGCCGAUUUACUUUCCUCUGGAGCUUUCUAUGGGGUGUUUGAUGGUCAUGGCGGUGUUGACGCAGCAUCGUUUGUUAAAAAGAACAUCCUCAAGUUCAUAGUUGACGACUCUCAUUUCCCUGUUUGCCUGGAAAAGACAAUUAUGAAUGCCUUUGUGAAAGCAGAUCAUGCCUUUGCGGAGGAUAGCAAUUUAGACAUCUCCUCUGGGACUACUGCACUAACUGCUCUCAUACUUGGAAGACGGUUAGUAGUAGCGAAUGCAGGGGAUUGUAGAGCUGUCCUGGGAAAACGUGGGAGAGCAGUUGAGCUGUCCAGAGACCACAAACCAAAUUCCACAUCAGAAAGAACAAGGAUCGAAAAACUUGGAGGAGUCAUCUAUGAUGGAUACCUUAAUGGUCGAUUAUCUGUAGCACGUGCUCUCGGAGAUUGGCACAUGAAGGGACCCAAGGGAUCUGCCUGCCCAUUGAGUGCAGAGCCAGAAUUGCAGGAGAUUCAGUUGACAGAAGAAGAUGAAUUCCUGAUAAUGGGAUGUGAUGGUCUCUGGGAUGUGAUGAGCAGCCAGUAUGCUGUAACAACAGCAAGGAAGGAGUUAAUGUUACACAAUGACCCAGAGAGAUGUUCUAGAGAGCUGGUAAGGGAAGCACUCAAACGCAAUAGUUGUGACAAUCUGACAGUUAUAAUUGUAUGUUUCUCCCCUGAUCCUCCUCCUCGAAUAGACAUUCCUCAAACUGACGUUCCGAGAAGUGUAUCAGCAGAUGGACUUAAUGUGCGGAAAGGUGUUUUACAUAGUGAUUCGUAAGGGUAUGUUAGAAAAAUGACAGGGAUUAAGUGAGACUACUAAGAAGGGCCUGGUGCAAAUGGAGGGAAUGGGUUAAGUGAAGGGUUCACAUUUGGCCCAUGUGUUGCUGCAGCAUCUUCACAGUGGGUUGAGUUUUGGAUCCCUCAUUUUUGCAAAUAAAUGAGUUAUUUAAUUUAGUGUUAGACUUUUGUUAUAGUUUAUAUCAUGUAUAAAGUUAUGUAGCAUCUCGUGGUAGAUUCGACUUCCAGUGUAAAAUGUUAGUAAGGAGGUAAUAUGUUGCAAAAGAGUUCUUAACUGAAAGAGUCAUGAUAUGUUGACUUGUCUA